AUGUCCACCAUCACCCGUACCCUCCGCAACCUCUGGCGGGUCGGCCUCCGCGACUAUGGCCACCAGUUGCACUACAUCGGCGACACAAAAGCUGGGACAUUGAUUGGAAUGGAUAGAUAUGGCAACAAAUACUACGAGAACUUGGUGGAAGAGCUGCCCUUGCGGACACGAUGGGUCGACUACAAGGACAGCGAGCUUGAUGCAAGCCAGAUCGAUCCAGGCUGGCAUGCUUGGAUGAGCUACUUGGUGGAUAAGCCACCGGUCGAAGACAAGAUUAUGCAGUGUGGGUUGCGGCCAUGGGAGAGCAAGGAGCCCAAGAUCAACUUGACUCAGAGCAGAGGAGCUUAUCGUCCAUAUUCUACGUGCGCCAAACCUGCCAGAUAA